AUGGCUCCAAAAAGGCAAAGGAGAUCGGCAGGCGCAUCCCAAUGGCCCACCUAUGAUGAAUCCAGGUUCCAAUCAGAACUAGCGGAGGACGACUUUCAUGCCAAGGCUACGAAGAACUUCAUCCAUGAGAUCUCGCUUGACCGGGCAGCCCUACGCGUAGAAAAGGCAGAAAUGUAUGAAGAGAUUCGGAGGAGGGAAAUGGAAUUCUUAUUUGAUGACCCUGCCCCGGUCAACAAGAUGCUUGUUAGGGAGUUUUAUGCCAACUGCCCAUUGAACUUAAGUAGGGGGGUGAUUGUGCGAGGCAAGGUGGUCAGCGCCACAAUUCCCAUGAUUCGCCAGGUGUUGCGGCUGCCUCUGUUCGCUAGUGACAUUGACUACUACCACGACAGGCCAGGGGUCACAUGGGAGGUCAUGACUGAUAUACUCUGUGCAGAGGGGCGACCAACAUGGAUACGUGACCAGAUCACCCUGAACUCCAACUCAUUCACGCACUUGGCUAAGUGUUGGUUAACUGUCAUUUGCAGCCGGUUCCUGCCCUCAAGCAACACAACUGACGUGAACUUCCAACGUGCACUGUUGACAUGGUGCUUCGUGAUGAAGAAGGAUUUUGAUGCGGCAAGGGUAAUUAGUGAUGAAAUGGUCCUACGGGGGCCGCUGCUGUCAAAGGGAUUCUACUUCCCUUCUUUGGUGACUACACUAGCCUCAGGCAUCAGAGUGGGCCUAGGUACACGUACCACAAUUGAGAUAGAUGAUGAGGAUGAUGAUCCGGUUCCUCUUGCAUCGUCCAGGAGUUCUGUUGACAGUGCCGGGCCCUCUCGGUGCCCCCAUUCUAGAGCAGGCCUAUCCCGCUCACAGUCCUCCCAGCCUAUGCUGCGUCCCUUGGAGGAAGAGGUCGCGGAUCUCUGCACCUUGGUGGAUGGCCUACACACGCGGAUGGAUGCCAUGUCGCAGAGGCAGUAUAGAUCUGAGAGCCGGCAGAAGGGUGAGAAGACUUCCCUGAGUUUGAGAUAUUUAGUAGGAGGGGGAGAGUGUAAGAAGAAGAAUGUACAAGUAGAUGCAAGAAAUAGGCGUUGUGCUUUGGGAGAUAUUGGAAAUCUUGUCACUGUUCCUGCUGUUGGAGCAAAGCCUCAACCUAAGAGUUCUCGCCCCAUCACGAGGAGGUUUGCUGCAGACUUAAUAGCUAAGGGACAAGCACCAGGGGAGAAGAAGAAGAAGCCUCCAGUAGAAGUUACCAAAGUAGCUGCAGCAAGGAAAGCUGGUGUUCCAACAAAAGCUGAAGAGUCUAAAAAGGUUUCUGUCAAAGCAAAAGCUGAAAUAGUUACUGUUAAACGCCCCGAUGAGGAUGUGAAAACCACUGAAGAGGAGAUCCCUUUGAAUAGAAGAAAAGUAAAGGACAGUGGGAAGACUCUAACUUCUGUUCUAACUGCAAGAAGCAAGGCUGCAUGUGGACUCCCCACCAAACUAAAGAUAGAGAUUGUUGAUAUUGAUGCUGCUGAUGUUGAUAAUCACUUGGCUGCUGUGGAAUAUGUUGACGAUAUUUACAAAUUUUACAAGCUUACAGAGGACGAGGGGCGACCAUGUGAUUACAUGGAUUCACAACCAGAGAUCAAUUCCAGUGUAAGAGCAGUUGUUGUGGAUUGGCUGAUAGAAGUACACAAAAGGUUUGAGCUGAGUUCUGAAAGCCUAUACCUCACAGUUAACAUAAUAGACCGUUUCCUUUCAAAGGAGACUGUCCCUAGAAGGGAACUUCAGUUACUUUGCAUCGGCUCAAUGCUUAUUGCCUGCAAAUACGAAGAGAUUUGGCCUCCAGAGGUUAAUGACUUCCUAACAAUAACAGACAAUGAUUAUGUCAGGGACCAGAUACUUGUAAUGGAGAAAGCAAUCUUGGAAAAGUUGGAGUGGUAUUUAACUGUUCCAACAGCAUACGUCUUUCUGGUUCGCUACAUUAAAGCUUCAUUUCCAUCUGAUAAGGAGGAGGAGAACAUGACAUUUUCCUUGGCUGAGCUCGGGCUGAUGAACUACAAGACCGUGAUAUCUUACUGCCCAUCAAAGCUUGCUGCUUCUGCUGUUUAUGUUGCUCGUGCUACUCUCAACAAGAGUCCUAGAUGGACGGACACACUGAAGCAACACACCGGCUACUCAGAGGACCAGCUGAUGGAAUGUGCAAUGGAAUUAGUUAGGUUUCACUCAGGUGCUGCUGAAAACAAGGUGGGUGCAGUUUAUAGGAAGUUUUCAAGUCCAAAUAGAGGUGCUGUUGCAAGAGAUGUUCGAUUGUGAGUGUGUGAGAUCAUGUCAGCUACUGAUCUCUCUGUUUUGAAGCCUGAAG